AUGCCAAAGUCUUUUCUGAUCAAGCAAAAAGCAGUCAAGAAAUAUUCCCGCGGUCAAUGUUGCUAUCCAGGUACGUCUAGCAUGGUUUAAUUUUUUGUUAAAUAUAUCUUCCUUCCCACAUCCAACGCAAAGAUAAUUGAUAUUUGGAGUUCUAAAAACCUUGCUUCGACGCACUUUUUUUCAAAUAUAUUUAUAUAAGACUUUUGAGAAUUGAGAAUUAGGAUAAAACGACAAUCAAAAUGAAUGCAAAUUUUUUGGUAAAUAUUUAUCUUGAUUAUCACAGUUGGACGCAAAUGUAUAGUCGAUAAGUGUUUUGAAAGUAUUUUCUCCAAGUAUUUUUUAUACAUCUAAGACGUCUAAGGGUCUUUGAAAAUUAGACAUAUAUAGCUAUAGAAUCAUGCAAGGGAUCAUCAUUAUAAAAUAAUUUUCUUAUUCGAUUGAUCGCACUUGAGUUGAGCGCAGAGCGAAAGGUAUAGUUGACCACAACUCGACGUAGUCGUUCAAAUAUUUUUACCUAAGUGAAAUUACCUUUUAAGCACUUUCAUAUAAGACCAAGUGAAAAUCCGGAGGCGAAAGUCAACAAAGUAGAAAUGCACGCAGAUCAGUUUAAAAUCAACUCGUCGUCUAUCACGGUAUCUCCACAUUGACCUUACGUAAUUCUUGUACAAAACUGAAACUGUUGAACCAUGACUGAUAAGCAAGCGAACAAAUGAAAGCGCAAGAUGUUUUCGCACAAGAUUCUCAUCUUCACAAAGCCGUCAUUUUUUCUUCGCCUCGGGCUAUUAUAUUUAGACCAAUUCGGUUUCUCGCAGUAUAUAUAGUGGAUGAAAGAAGGAUGAUUCAGACGUUUCGGUGUCAAAAAUGUUUAGCCAAAACAAUUGGGGGGACUGUGUCGCUCUGCUGGGGGCACCGGGUAACAAUUCAAAGAGAACAUUCAAAAUGGCCGACAAAUUAUGUUUUUAACUUCAUAUUUUAUAUUCAUAUUAAAAUUUAGGGAAAGUACGUGAUUUACUAAUUUUCAGGGGAUGUAGCUAAGACCGACCCUUCAAGAAUUCUGUGACAUUCGGAUUAGACGCGGACUACUUCGGAUUAUAAUUCAGAUUAUGGUCUGUAAAUGUGGGCUAGAUUUCUGUUACAUUUAAUUUAUAUUUCGACUAAAAUGUUUUAAAAGUUGUAUACGAGGAUGCCGUCAAACGUUACAAGCGUUAUGGAACAACGGAGUAGACCAUUUAAAUAUAUCCCAAAAAGCGGAUGAAUCAGUAUUGUCUAUUGAGCAUUUCAGGUCAAAUUAUCUAACAUGCAGAAAAUUUCGGCUCUUUAUUCUGAUUUCGUAUUAUGUAAAAGAUUCUUAUUAAAACAUUAAAACACCAAUGCGCCAUAGUUGCCGUUUUGUUUUACUAGUCUACAGGCAGAUCAUUUUUUUCGUCAUGGGAAGCUAGUCAUAGAGAUUAUAAAUAACACUAGAGGAGGCAUCGAGUUUAAAAAUUGGGAACGCAGCUAAUGGGGGGCAAAUUCAAGUCCCGGAUACAAAAUCGUGCUCUCAUUGGCUGAUUUGAAACUGGUCACCAAUGGGAACACGAAUACACAUCCGGGACUUGAAUUUGCCCCCCAAUAGUCGCGUUCCCUUUUUUUACUGAAUUAAGAUUACAAUGCCUCCUCUAGUGUCAACGGAUGAGUGUCAAGUCAAGCGAGCGCAAAAAGGGUGACUGUAAAUAGUUUGUAAUCAGGUGCCGCUGAAGCAAAGGGCCACACUGGCACUGCCCCCUCCCCCCGUCUCGGCGGCCCUGCUUGUAAUAGCUUGACUGUGUAUCUUAACAUGUCUGUCUGUUAGUUCAUGUAUCCCAUAGAAUUUUAUUCCUCACGCAAAUGCCAAUUUUUCAUAUUCUCUGUAGACUAUGCUCCAUAUUUCUGUCCCGAUGAUGCUACGACGGAGCUCGAUAGUCCUCCGUUUGGUUACGAGAAGAUCUACGAUUUGGGCCGAACACGCGAAGCGCAGGAUGACCACAAACUACCUGAAACGGAAUCAACGCCUUGGAAAACGCAGCAGCCCAAUCACUUCGAAGGAACACACGAGCGGGACCACAGAGUAGCCGAGAGGACACCAAACUCAACAAGUCCCCAAACACCCUCGAUGUUCUAUGAUAACCAUUGGAUAAAUCAAUCCAUCCUAUUCCCCUUCUCAUUUCAUGAUUUUGAAAUGAAACCGCGCGCCGAGGGGACUGAAACCGAAUCUCCAGAAAAUUCUAAGAAUCAUCUUCAGUGUGUCACGUGCAAAAAGGAUUUUGACACACGCGCGGCAUUGGAAGAGCACGUGAAGACCACGCACACGAAUUCCAACCGAAGUUACACGUGUCAGUACUGCAGCAAAUCUUUCUCCCGUUCUUGGAAUUUUCAACGUCACGUGUUGAUUCACAAAGGUAGGGGGUAUUUUCUAGAACUGCAAACAGGUUGUAACCAGUUCAAUUGUCAUAGAUAAUUGUAGUAGAAUUAAUCCGUACUAAAUUGUGUGAAUAAUUAACCGUUAUUAGGAGAAAAGCCUCACAAAUGCGAAAAAUGUCCGAAGGCGUUUGUGCUGGCCGCUCACCUCAAGAUUCAUAACCGCAUACAUACCGGAGAAAAACCUUACACCUGCGAGGUGUGUUCCCGGGGAUUUGCCCAGCUCACCAACCUUCAGCGACACGUGUUGACCCAUACCGGGCAAAAGCCCCACAAAUGUUCGUACUGCCCCAAGGGAUUCGUGAGCUCCAGCGAUCUCAGGAGGCACGUCAGAACGCACACCGGCGAAAAACCUUAUCAGUGCAAAGUCUGUCCGAAGGCGUUUACGACAUCGGGGAAUCUGCAUUCACACAUGCUGACGCACAGCGGUGAGCGUCCGUAUCAUUGCAAGAUUUGUAAAUGGAAGUUUAUUUCAUCCAGUAAUUUACGUACUCAUAUUAGAAUACAUCACAAAAGGCCCGCAGGGACACCUUAA